AUGGCGGCGCUCCGCGCGACGGGUUCCGCAGUGGCAUCGCAGUCCGUGGCAACGCCGCGGGAGGCGAGGUCCACGCCGAGGCAGAGCCCGCGGAGGCAGCCCGCGGCCCCGAGCUCGGCGCGCGGCGCUCCCGCCACGGCGCCCGCCGCCGCGGGCAGCGGCCCCGGCGACAGGGCGGCAGCCCGAAGGCAACAGCCCCAGCGGGCGUUCCAGGACGCGGCGGCGUCGGUCGAAGAAGGCCGGCUCCGCCUGCCGGAGUUCGAGUGGUACCUGGGGCCGAUGUACAGGCGGUACGCGGAGAUCCUGGCCGAGCGCGCCCGUGCGGCCGACGGCGGGCCGGUCAAGAAGAAGGUGAAUUACACUGCGCCGCCGGAGGACCCCUGGCUGAAGCACACGAGGCCGCGCUCGGUCCACUACACGUUCUCGGAGUGCUUCCACGAGCGGCCCCUGCAGGAGCACGCGAGGAUGCACGUGACCACGGGCCGCAGGCCGACCACGCCGCGGUCGGCGAGGGCCCACCCUCCCGAGGAGGAGCCCGGCCGCUCGGGCGAGCGGGGCCUGUAGGCGGUCGGCGAGCCCUCCGCGCUCCGACACGGCCAGUGAGGGCCCUCGUGACGACUUCUGGCGCCGCCGAAUCGGUGGCCGCGCCUGGGCGAUACGAGUUGCUCCUCUCCACUCUGCUGGUCCCGGCCUCCC